UUCUACCUACAGGACACCAAGAGUAGUAACGGGACGUUCAUCAACAACCAGCGGCUGUGUAAGGGCGGGGAGGAGAGCCCGGCCCGGGAGGUCUACUCAGGCGACCUCAUCCAGUUUGGCGUGGAGGUCAUGGAGAACAACCGGCGGGGGGAGAAGACCCCUACCUGAGCGGUGAGAACCAGCCGGGGAUUUCCCUACAGACCCAGGACCUAUACCAGCUGGCACAGUACCUGCAGGAAGCGCUACAUCGGGAGAAGAUGUUGGAGCAGAAGCUGCUCACACUGCAACAGUUGGUGCACAACACGCAGGAGGCCUCGGAGAGUGGAUGGCAGAACCACAGUGAGGACACCCUACGACAAGAGUUGGUCGCCCUACAGGAAGACAAGGACAAAUAUGAAACCACAUCUAAGGAGUCAUUGCGGCGGGUGCUCCAGGAGAAGCUGGAGGCGGUGACCAAACUGUCGGACCUGGAGCAGUCGCUGGGCAACAUGAAGGAGGAGUGUGGUCACCUCAAGGAGGUCUGUGAGUCCUCGCAGAGUGAGCUGGGGCAGCUGGCACACAAGUACCAGGAGCAGCUCAAGGAGGUGGCCGAUCUACAGGAGAAGUUACAGGAAGCUGAGCAAAACCAUGCGACAGAGCUGGAAAAGGCAGACCAGGAGAAGGCCGAGAUCUCUCGGAAACUGGAAGAGAUGAUACAGCAGGAAACUUCCUUGUCUGCUAAGAUCGAGUCUCUACAAGCAGACAAUGACUUCACCAAGGAGCAGCUGGCAGCCAUGAAAGCUAAACUGGAGUCCAUGAAGGAGCCUAAUGAGGAUGACCAGAAGCUGGCGGAGCUGGAUGUCAAUGGUUCCACGACGGAAGAAAUUGACAUCAUGUCUCUGACUCCUCCAAAAGAGGACGACGUUCCAGAGAACCUGGAGGCCAAGCUGAAGGAGUUACAGAAAUUGAUAGAAGUGUACAAAGGCAAGCUGGAGUCCUCCGACACAAAGCUCAACGCAAGCAAUGAGAAAGUCCAACAGCUUCAGAAAGAGCUGGAUGUGGCCAUGUCAAACUCAAAGGAGUAUCUGAUCAAAAUUACCAGCCUUGAAGAUAAAGUAAAGCUCUCGGAUUACCACAUGAACGAAAUGAUGGAGAAUGCCCUGCACAAUUUGAAGUUGCAACUGAAGGAAUCGGCGAAACAAAGCAAUAGCAGCAAUGACUUGAUAGAAGCCAUGAAAGAUCACAUCCAUCUGAUAGAGAAGGAACUGACGCUGCAGACGCCGGUCAACUCUGUGGAGAACUCCACCGAGAGCCUGGACAACAACGACAGCCAAGAGCGCCCCCUACACUCCACCCUCUCCUCCUCCUCCUCCUCCCCCGCCUCCUCCUCCUCCUCUACCUCCCCGCCUCCCCCCGGCAGCACGGCGCGAGGCAGCACCUCCUCCCCCAGCCCCACCACCCUGGUGUCCAGCCCGCCCGACCUGCUCUCGGACACAGUGGUCAACGGGAGCUGUGGGGACUCGGGCGUGCUGACCGGUGGCAGAGAGCAGGACGCCGACACCACCGUGCUGGCCAGUGCCUCCGACCGGACCUUGCCCGACCUGGACGAGGACGAGGCUCUGAAAGCACUGCUAGAAGAAGCUCGUCAAGCCCAGAAAAAGGCAGAAAUUGAACUCAGGAAAUACAAAGAUGAGGCGAGCCAAUCGGUGACCCAGCUGCGGAGGACGUCGGAGGAAGUGACAUCACUGCGGAUACAGCUCCUCCAAGCCCAGCAGCAGGCGCAGGAGAAGAUGGAGCUGGUCACCGACCUCAAGGAUCAGGUCCAGAAGGCGGAGUCGUUCACUCAGGAUGUGAAGCAGCAGAUACUUGACCUGCGAGAUCGGCUUCUUGAAGAGCAAGAAAAUGCCCGCGUCACGCAGGAGCGCAUGUUGGAACUUCAGCAACAACUGGAGAAUGAGCGAGCCAAGAACAAAGCCACAGAGAAGGAACUGGAAGAAGCAAAAAUGCUUCUAGCCACCUCUCAACAAAACGCCAAGCAAAACCACAAUGAAACAGAACAUCUACGAGACAAAUUAAGACAUUUACAAGAAGAGUUGGACUCUGAGAGAAAUCGCAAGGAUUCUUCUCGCCACGGCAACACGGACCGCCUCUCAGCCCGGAGUAAAGAAUAUCAAGCUCUAAAAGAGGAAUGUGCCAAUCUACGGAAGCGAAUCCAGGCUAUAGAGGCUGAGAUGAAAAUGUCGCGCAAGGAGAACCUGCACCUGUCCUCAGAGUACAACAAGCUGCAGGAGUCGUACAAGCACCUGGAGUCUCUCAAGGUGAAGCUGGAGACGAGCGAGCAUUCCUGGAAGCUCACAGUCACCGACGCGCAGAAAGACGCGCACUCCUCGCUGCAGGAGGUGAGGGGGCUGCCGACCUCCUCCAGUUGCGACUCGGGCUUCCCCUCCUCGCCCCCUCAUCCUCCCUCCUCCUCCUCCUCCUCUUCCUCCUUCCUCUUGUCAACUUCGUCACCGCUACCCCCUUCCUCUUUCCCCCCGUCGAGCGCACACGGAAUCCUCCCCGGUCUCCCCGCGUCGCGAGACAUGGCUGGCCUGACUUCCUCUUCCUCCCCCUCCUUCUCCUCGUUGAACCGGAGUCCAGAGGAGAGCACCCCCUCCCCUCCCACCCCCUCGGCCUCUGUGCUGAUGGGUCCCUCCUCUGCGUCCGCUCCUUUUCCCUCGUCUUCCUCUUCGUUCUAUUCUCAGCUGGAAGAGGCGCGGGCUGAGCUGGGUGAGCUGCGUAGCUCGUGCGACGACAAGGCGCAGCAGAUCGGCUCGCUGCGGAAACAGAUCUCCGACAUGACGGCCGACUACCAGGCCUUGCAGAACAAAUCUCGAAUGGUUUCGCUGGUGUCCACCAUCCCGCUGUUGAUGCUGCUGUUUGCGGUGCUGAUGGCCAUCUACCCGACCCUGGAGGCUGUUGUGUCCACGCUGUCGUAGCAGCAGACAGGAGCCGGCCGCCGCCUGGCAGCAUCUCGCUUCAUCCCGCGAUCCCCGUGCAGUGAUUUCAUCCUUCAUCCAUCAACGUCUUUGCUGUCAUUGUCCUCAUCAUCAGCAUCAUCAUCAUCGUCAGCAUCAUCGUCGUUGUUUUGGCCCUUAUUUAUUGAGUUUUUCCGCCCUCCCCUUUCUCAUGGCGGUUGCAGCCGGCAUUUUGAACCAAGUGCCCUCCCUUUAUGUCUGAACAAACAGCCACUGUGGGACGUUGGUUAGAGAAGACGGUGACUGCGUUGUUUGUGCGCUAUGGUUUCAUAUGUGCUAAAAUCCGUGUGUUGUGUGUGUCUAUGUUUGUGAGAGUGCUCAUGCGCUGUUGUGCAAAAGACUUUGACCAGAUGACCUGUGCAGUGUCUGUGAAAGUUGCUCUCAAUUGUGGUGGAAUUUUUUUUUUAGAUAAAAAAAUUUUAGGUCCUGCUCUGUCCAGUAGCCUAGUCUUUACAGCCGUGCGUUGUCGUGGAAACUGUCGCUGUUGUCUCAGACCCUGGCAGAUAGAGAACUGUCUGGACUUACCGCAGUUCUAGAAGUUUUUUGUUAUUUGAUCUGAAGUAUUUGAGAUACUGUUUGCUCCUGUGUUGGGUACACCAUUAGCUCAGCUUAGUUGUUAUCAUGCUUCACUACAGAGCGGAAGGCCCUGGUUCGAAUCCCCAAUGGGGCAUUCUGAACUUGGCUUGCUUUUGAGAAUUUGUUCUUUUAAUUCUGAGAUCCCACCUCUUAAAUCACCUUACAGUGAAAGGAGCUUUAAUUAAAACCAACCCAAUGUGACUCAUUUUUACUUCUGUUAUUCUUACCGUUAUAUCGGUAGAUGUAGGCGAAGCAGGGCCACCCUUGAGAGUGACGACAGGCUGCUUACAAAGGUCAAGGCUGAGUGCCAUGGUCACAGUCUUUUGUACAUAGCAGGGCCACCCAUGAGAGUGACGACAGGCUGGUUACAAAGGUCAAGGCUGAGUGCCUUGGUCACAGUCUUUUGUACAUUCAACUUUUUCUCACCGCUAGCGUCAUGUUGUCAUGCUGUAGAGUGUGUUGGGUAGUCUGUCAGUGUCGAGAGUAGCAAUGGUUUUGUCAUUGUUAUGUUUGUAGGGGAGAAAUGAAAAAUGCUUGUGAAAUUUCCGUGUCUCUGAAGUCAUGCUGUACAAUAAGCAGAUUGUGGAAGGUUUUGUCAUGUGUAGGCCUACUGGUAUCAUAAUUCCUAGAGUUGUAAAAAUUUCUUUGAUAAUGAGCAUUGAUAUCAUCAUUCUAAAAGAAAAGUACAAAUGUCCUUUGUACAGGACUCAUGCCAGUGGCAUAUAUAUGUAUAUAAUGAAUUUAAAAGUAAAAAUUUUUCGUGAUCAUUAAAAACAAAAGUUCUUUCAACAAUCAUGGCUGGCUUUGUUCAGCUUUCAAAGAAUAUUAUGUUAUUUACAGGAUGAGUUUCAUCCUGUCCCAUGGUAUUUAUAGGAUGAGUGUCUGGAAUUCCUCCUAUCUUUUUGCUUAUAGUGAAUAAAAAGCGAGUUUGAGUGUAGAAAGUUUACUAGUCCAUUUUUUCAGCAACUUCUACUUUGUCCAUGUGAUGGGUGACUGGCUUGGACAGUAGAGAACAGAAUGCUUUGUGCUUUUUUUUUUUAGGUAAAAGUUGUACAAAUUUAUAAGUCGCUUUCUUUAUUCCAAUCAUAGUAGUGUUUCCAGAAAUGUUUCUUGAGGGAAGAGAAAACGUGGCUGCUCUGUCUGAGAAGAAGUGUUCAGUGAUAGUUGUGCUAGGGUUUCUGUGCUGUGGAAGUCUUUCUAUGCUGUGGUAGGGUUUCUAUGCCCUUGGUUCCUAGAAGUAUCUGUGCCAUUUCAGGAUGUGGUGAUUGCUGUAACGAAGAUUCUUAUAUAUUAGAGCUUUGUCACGUUACUUUUUGAUCUCUCUGAUGUAUGUCUAUUUCUUCUCUUUUUGAAACAUAGAAGAAAUGUUCCGACAGAAAGGAUAGAACAGAUGUAAGACAGGCCUACAGUAACUGUUGCUCUUUGCUUUGUUGCUUCACUCGGAAAAAAUGGAAUAUCUCAAGGGUAGGCCAACAUGACUGCUCGGGUCAUUUCUCACAGCAAACAGAAAGUUGUCUUUUUUUCACGAAGGGUGUUUUUUUUCUUCAUAAUUUUCCUCUGGUAUUCAAAUGAAUUCUAUUUUCCAGUUGUGGUUUUCUUUUCCCUCCCAUUUGCCUUCAUUGUCCUCUCUUUCAGAAAUGUUUCUUCCUUUCCAUCUUUAUUUUCCAUGCUCGAGUGUUUCCUCCUUUACCUGUGCCCAUCCUGUUCAUAAUUUGUUGAAAUUCUCCUUGGUGUGUGAAAUAUCACAGGAUCUGAGUUCUAUAUGCACCGUUUGAAGUUUCCAGUUGGCAAAGUCCGUGUCUACGUUUGUUCAUGUGUGAGGAACUUCCUGUGGGGAAAAGUCUUGUGUUAUAAUAAUCAACAUGCCAUUCUUGUGUUUUCACAUGUGUGAACAAUUUCACUCUUUUUAUCAGUGCAAAUGACAGCCUGCUGAUAACAUUAAUAUAGGGAGUGAGAAUAUCAUGUUGUGAUUUACUGUUCAAAUGACAGAAGAUUCCUGUUGUUGAACUGUGGACUGAGAACCAUGUAUGCAUAUAAAUUUCUUAUAGUUGAGUUUACUUUGACUGCAAAGUUUUUGCCAAGCUAGGAACAGAAACAACACACUUGGGAUCUGUUUGGUGACUUCACAUUCAGUUUGUUUUCCAUUAUGCUCCGCCAUCAAUUCUAUUAUGGUAUUUAUAUUUCCGUUUCUGAAAAGUUAUGUGAAAACACCAAGAUACGUUCCUCAUUCACUCUCCAUGCCCGUAUGUCUACACGUGAGCUGCUGUCAUAUUCGUGGCGAAAAGAUGUUUGUUAAUCUUGGGCAAAAAUAAAGAGUAGAACCCGUGCCCGUGAAUGACACGGACCAGUGGACCAGAAAGUGUUGUACUGUAAUUAAACCAUCACAGACUGAACGAGUCAGGUCUAGUGAACUUCUUCACAGCUGUGUACACGGUUGUUGUACUCACUUGGGGUUUCCAAAACUUUUCUUCUGCCUUUUUUCCUCCUGGCUGGCCUCUAUAGUACGUUUUAGGAGAUGUAAUUAAAGCUUUUGUAGUUGCUUAUUUUCAAAUUAGGGGAGCGAUAAUAUUAUGGCUGUUUAAAAAUUUUUUCAUUAAAUAUGUUAUUGUUGUCUUUUCAACACAAACGUACAUGGAACCGUCUCAUCAGUAAAGGGGAUUCAGUAAGUUAGAGUGCUGAUGUGCCAGGGGUAGGGGUCUGUUCUUUACUUUUGCCCAAUGAUGGAAUCACUCGACAGUUAUCUCCGCUGUUGACCUCGUGAAACUCGACACGUCACAGACGGACGCCGUCCCGUCGUGUCAGAAUUUGCAAUGUUGUCCCACCUGCUUAUAUCAAAGAUCUGAUUUUCUUAAAGCAUGUUUGUCAUUUAUGUUGUAAAAAUUUGAGCCGCGAGUUCCCUACAGAUACAGGUAGCAGCCGUAGGAUAUAAUUUUGUCAUGUGUGGCUGGAAUGUCGCUAUGUGGGACACUUGUUGCUCUUUCCAAAUCUUUGUUGUCGACUUGUUUAUAUUUUAUUUUAUUUUUAUAACUAUUAUUGUCAUUGUUUUGUUUUUCUCAUUUAUUUACUAUUUGUAUUCCCUUUGUUUUGUAUUUUGAAGUUCAUCCUCUUCAAUUUUGGUUAUGCUUUGCCUCCUUUUUUCUGAUUAAUGGCAGAUUGUUGGAAGUAUUUCUUGCUCUGAACAUUAGAGAGCUCAGAGACUUUGACUUAUGAUAAGCAAGCUAUGAAACAAUGAAAAGGCCUGUUUUGGCAAUUUGUAAAGUAAGGAAUUACUUUGACCUUGGUAGCAUAAGCUAAUGAAUAUAAUACAUGUAAACAAAAGAUGCCGUAUGACUAGAGACACUUUUUCACGCAUUUGGAAGAGUUAUUAGUCGCUGACAUGGUGAAAUAUUUUGUUCUGUCUCAUCAAAGCUGCUACAUUUUUAAUGACUGAAGUUUUUUUAUUUUGCUUCACUUUUACUUUCCAGUCGGUCAUGUUACUGCAGUUAUAUUGUGGAAGAGUGAGACGGCAAGGGCUCCUCUCUUGUCCAUGUCAGGCUUCAGAACAAAUCUCUGCUGUUGCCAUAGGUUCGAACUCCCGCCAAUCAUCACGUCACACACCACAGACUUGUGUACCGGAUGUUUUAUUAUUUUGUUCUCGUGAGAACCAACUUGUUGCUUUAGUUGGUACUACUAGAGUAGGGCUGUUCUACGUUAAGGGACCAACGACCACUAACCUAGGAAACAAAUCCUGACACCAGGCAGCGCAUUCUUCUUGUCACCGACCAUCAUUUUUUGACGUUUUGAUUGGUGUGAAUGAGGUCCUCGUCAUUUACAGGAUGAGACAAGCAACAUCUGUGUCUUUGUAGCGAGAUGAAAUCGUUUUGAUAUCGGUCAAUGAUAAGUGUCUUAACCACUGCUCAGUAUUUUUCUCGUUGAUGAAGCUAAAGCAUUUCCAAUUUCGCAAGUGUUGCCAGAAUGCAUAGUGUCGAUAGAGGCUUGAUUUUUUUACUAGUAGAUUCUUUGAAAAUUUGUCAAGUGAUUGUAUUAUCUAGUGAGCUAGCCUUAUUUCCUCCUUGUUGAAUACCAAAUGUCUCUUGUCUGCGACCAAUCCCAGCUGGCUUUGACCGUGAAGCUUCUCUUGUCCUGACCCAGUAGUCCGUGGUAAACCAGCACAGCUUGUGAGCCGUGGUGGGCCCACAGGGACUACGCCCACCGCAUUGUCCUCAAACCUUUUGUGGGUUUUUUUCUUUUUUUUUUUUUUGGCUGUGUUGGUCAGCGCAGUCUGCGUUUGUGAUAUUACUCAAUCAUCUCAGAUUUGAUUUUAUGAUCUUCAUCAUCAUUGUCAUCAUUGUUGUCAUCAUCAUCAUCAUCAUCACCGGGUAUGAGUGGAGUGUUCAUGUUGCCACAACACCAACGACCUCAUCUGUACAUACCAAGCAGUGUUGCUGUGAGUGUCUGCUAAACUACCAUCUUCUAUCACACGUUUGUCAUAUGUUGUCGACGAGCUGUUCAACUGUUCUAAGCCCGAAAAGCAAAAAUUAAUUUUCCGUUUCAGCAAAGAGAAAAAUUUCAUUUUUUUAAAAUGAUUAUAGUACACCCUACGUUUUUUCUUUUAUUCCCCCCUCCCCCUCCCCAGACAUGGGAAAUACUCUGUACAGCUACAAAACACAGCUGAUAAAAACCCUGUAAGUUCUUUGCCACAUGGACAGGCCGAAGGGCUAGAACCCAAGUGGCUGCUUGAUCGGAAAAGUAAAGUUGGGGUUUUUUUUCCUUCUUUUUUUUUUCAACAUUUAGAAUUUGACCUUCCGAGAUAUUGUGUAAGUGUAAGCACAUGCAAGUGAUAUACCACCACAGAUUGAGAAAUACCAAUUUUUUUUUUUCAAUUUCAAAAUUCUAUGCUUAGUACAUGGGAACAGCGCGUCAACAAUAUCAGCUAUUAUUACUUGUCCACUGAUGUAUGCAAAAGGAACUCAGAUUGUGACCCUACUCUCAAACCCUUUUUUCGUCUGCUGACCUCGAGAUUGUAGCAAAAGAUCUACGUGUAAGCUCGUAGAAAUUUAAGAUACAAAGCGCAGAGCUGGCACCGGGUGUCGCAACUGUUGCUGCGGUUUGUCUACUCAGGGGGUCCAUGCCAAAGUUACGCCUCCGUGUCUUUUUGUUGGUGAGCAGCUUCCAUGUCAGUUUUGUCACCUCUGGGAACCGUGGACGGUAACAGUAACGGUAAAUAAAUACAGUGGCGUCCGCUCAAACUCAACACAAUUCAUCCAUAAAACAGUUAAUCCCCAAUUUUUUUUCCCUCCCUGUUUGAGCAACUUAUCUGAACCAAAAACCCAGCUAAACCGAAGACUGUGUGAUGGUCUCGCAGAUUUCGGUUUUAAGUUUAAGAGGACGCCACUGUGAUUAUUUAUUUGACAAGUUCCCAAAAAUUUCUUCCCACUUUCACCUCAUGUUCUCGGUGAACGGCCAUUCUACUUACUCACCUCACCCACCACGACCCGGCGGUCCUUCCUUACACCUCAUUUCUCCAUUUUGAAUCUGUGGAUCUUCUCCAACGUCUAAGUAGCAACACUUUCCUUACCAGUGGCAGCUUCACUUGUCCAGUACAAUGUAGAAAAUAGCUAGAGUCUAACUGAACUCUCAACAUUAUUUUGAUCUGAAAAACAAUUACACACUACCGUGUAUUUACCGCCAAAAUUUCUUUUCUCUCGACGGCAUCAAGGUAAAAAUUAAACAACCAAAAAUAAAGGCUUUUGAUAAAGGGCAGCAGAUAUUGCCAUGGCCUGCUAAAGUGCUCUAGAAGGCUUUUGUCCCUCCGUGAUAUCCAUCAAGUUUGUUAUACGGUCAUCAUGUAAAUGGGAUCUAUCACAGACGCUACCCUCCUAGCCCAGGACGGAAACUUGCACCUCCCCUCGACAUCCUAAGGAUGCCAGAGGAAGGAAAAAGUAAAAGUAAGAAGUAAAGUAGUAAACUUACAAAUACUUUGUCAAUGGGGCGAAAAAAACCACCAAUGUUUCUUUUUUAACUAAUAUGCUGACUGAUGUAUAGGGCUCAUCCUGUCCAAAUUUAACAAGGAAUUUUGACAAACAGGUUUCAGUAUCUUUGACUUAGAUAGGACAAGCUUCCUUUUCGAAGGACCUUUUCGUGUGUAAGGAAGGACAUGCCGUGGUUUUCACGCACACACACAUUGACGAUUGCCUCCCCUCUGAAGUCUGUGUUUGAUCUCGCUGUGGUGUGCACCCUGUGGGGGGUACCCUGGGGUGGUGGGGAGGGUUGGGAAUCAAACGUCAUUACUCACACCGACUCCCCCCCACACCCACCCAAAUUAUCGCACGACCACACGUAAAUUACCCCUUCCAUAUUGGACACAAGAUUUGUUUGCAAGCACGUUUCGUAUUGGACGAUGGAUUUUUUAGCGUGGUUGUCCAUGCCUCAAAAUGUUUUAAUAAUUUUUUUUUGUUCUGUUUGUAAUGUUCCAAGGAAAUAAUAAGCAAGUUCAGUUGAUGAAUGUCUUGUCCAUUUCUGUUUUAUACAUAUAAAGAAAAUGAUGGCCUCCUGGCCGACAAUGUACCUACUCAUAGUUGUGUAUAAUCAUAAUAUAAGAUGUAGAUACCACUUUGUUCAUUCAUCCAGUUGAUCUGAUUUUGAAUAAAAUAUACAAAAAUUGUAUGUUAAA